UAUUCUGGUCCCUUACGAUCGGCCACGCUGUACAGUUUCAUUUGUCCUGACGCGAUGGUGGGAGUAUAUGGGUAUUGUGCCAAAUUCUCGUACAUCGGAUCUACUCUUGUUUCAUUCGUCGUUUCUCUGUUAUCCGAGUUCUAUUCGGUCAUCUCCUUCUUUCUCUGCGGAGGGUUGUAUAUUCAAUCCCCCGUUUAGGAAAAGACAGCAUCACGUACCCAAAUCUACCCUUUCUAGAAACCCCCUUUUAUAUACUUUAAUAUCCUAGAACGAUCCUUGCUAUCAUCCACCCCCUUCCUCAAAAGCAUCCCUCCUCCCUCACUAACCACUACGUACAGCCACACACUCACAACUUUUCCCGAACAACAACAAGCAAAGAACAAAAUGAUCCUCCCAACACUCCUCACUUCCCUCAUCAUCCCUUCCCUGGCCCUCGCGCUCCCCGCCCCGCAGGCCUCUACGAUCCCGAGCGGUUAUCGCAAGGUGUACAUCACGUCUGCGGUUGAUACGAAAUACGUGGUUGUGCCCAAGGCAGCUACGGCUGCGAAUGGAGGGCUCGUUGUUGUUUUCAUUUAUUCACAAUCUCUACACCUACUCGUGUCAGUCUUUCGACGGAAAGAGAAGAAGGUCUUUUCGGUUGAUAGAAUUGAAAGAGAUUUGCGAAAGGGAUUUAAGAGUUAUUGCUCACUUAUCACUCCACUCUCGUCCCUCAAAUCCACACCGAAAAGCCCCCGUUACCUACACCUUGAACUAACCACUGCUUUUCUCGAAAAAACCAGACAAACCCUAACCAGCAAGCCAAUCCAACAAUGGCAUCUCACCGCCAACUCCACAAAGAUCUACGUCGCAUCGGACGCGACUUUGUGUCUCGACGCCGGUCCCAAGACUGCGUGGAAGGACAUGGCUCCAGUCUACACAAACACAUGCUCCGACACCGCGCCGGGACAGCAGUGGAUUGCGUUGGGCGAUGGUAGGAUUGCUGUUGCGGGGUCGAGUCCUCGUAUGUUUACCUCCCUUCCUCCCCUUUCUUCCUCUCUUUCCUUCUUCUUUCAGAAGAGGGUGAUUGCGAGGGGAUAUGCUGACGCUAAUUUCUGUUGGAAUAUAGAGGAGUGUCUGGACCUGCAGUACAUGCGUGCUACGCAGAAUAACCCUGUUGGAUUGUAUGCUUGCGCUGGCCUGGGGAACACGGGGGCGAAGGAUAAGGGGAUUAACUGGCCGUUGUUGGAGGUCACGGGGUAG